AUGCCUGCCGCACUCAUGUCGUACGAUGAGCCGCCUGUAUUGCUGCCUGCGACAGUACCACCUGAGUUUGUGAAGGGAGGCGGUGAUUGGCUAUGCAUGUUCAACCCGAGCGUGCGGCGUGUCAUGGACAUCAAGCAGCAAGCGGUGAUAUCGCACAACAGGCAGGUAUACAGCGUCGGCUUUUCAUCUGACUGUUCUCGGGUCGCCGUGGGCGUAGACAGCGGUGUAUAUCUGUACGACGUUCACGGUUCUGGCAAGCACAAGUUAGAGUGCUGCGACGUGGAUACGGGGGAGGGGCCGAGCUCGAACCCUGUCCGUAGCGUAGCGUUCAGUCCCGACGGCACCAUGCUCGCCGCGGCUGCAGACGACAUGAAGAUACGAAUCUGGCAACUGCCUACCUGUGAACUAGCACACACACUCGUCGGACAUCAGCGCGAGAUCACCUCGAUUGCAUUCACUGCGGACAGUGCCACAAUUAUAUCAGCGUCCGGAGACCGUACCCUACGCCUAUGGACUCUGCCGCUGUUCUCCGACUACUACUCAAGCUUCUACUCGUCUGCAUCUGAUGGCUCAGCCUCGCCCGAGCCUGAGGACCUGGACAUUGCAGACGUCACCGACGAGAUUGAAUGCACCGUACUCUCCAUAGAAGCUGACUUCACGGUCGCCGCAACUGCCUUGACGUCGCUCGCUUUAUCGCCAGACCGACUGUAUGCUGCAGUCGGUACAUCCGGAGGCAUGAUACGUAUCUGGAACCUACAAGACUGCGCGCCUAUUGGUGAAUGGCAAGCGCACGACCGCGAGAUCUUCACACUGCACUGGGGCCGCUCUGGCCUCGUCUCCGGCGGUCGCGACCGGAAGCUUGUCCGCUGGAGCCUGCCAUCUCACACACUCCACCCAUUUGUUGCCCCUGGAGUCGAUGCGAAGAAGACGAUGAAACACGAAGAAUAUGUCCUCGCGGCGGCAACGGCCCAGCAUGGACGCGUGCCCCGCGCGGCCUCCGGUAGCCGCGAUGGACGGUUGCAGCUAUGGGACCCGAAGACGGGCGAGUUGCUGUUCUGCGUUAUUGGACAUAAGAAUAGCGUGACGGCCGUCGACCUGAGCCAAGACGGGGCGCUCUUGGUAUCGGGGAGUGGAGACGGCGAAGUCAGAAUAUGGAGUUAUACCAUCAUUUGA